AUGUUUUCAUCACCAUUUACAAAUAGUACACGGCAGAGGCAGCAGGCGCCUUCUCAUUUUAAGGAUAGUGCCAGAAAUGCCAUUUAUCAACAAUUACCCCCAUCAGUAACAACAUCGAAUGGUGCGGCAUCAAUACGGUCAGCACCUUCACAAUAUCAUAAUCCCAAUAAAUAUCAACAACUGCAUCGAUCACUGGGAGCGUCAUCUAUAUUUUCAUCUUUGUCAGGGAAACGAUCAGUUAGAUCUGCUCCUUCGAUAUAUUCAAGUUCUACGGCGACAAUUCCUGAAGAUUCUGAACCAAUAUCAACAACAGUUGAACAAUUGGUGAAUGAUAUAGUAUUACAUGAAAGUCAUUUUGCUGAACAAGCAGCAUUAAGAGGAGAUAAGGGGAGUAAUAUGUAUAAUGAUGAUUUAGAUAAUGAAGAGAUUUAUAAAAUAUCAUUAGGUUCAGAUUUACAAUAUCAAUCAGUACCAGAAUCAUUAGUUGAUUGGAAUUUAAAUGUUACUAGAUGUAAAUUAAUAAUAACUCAAUUACCAAUGUUAUCUUCAGUACCAGAUUUUCAAUAUAAUCAAAAUUCAUUACCUCAAUUAAUUGGGGAUUUAGCAUCAUUAUGUCAUAUCGUGUUGAUACAAUCUCAUAUUACUGAUAAAGAAUUGAUUUAUACUUUAUUUUCAAGUAAUUUAUAUCAAGAACAUCAAUUGGAUAUCAAUUUUAAGAAAUCAGUAGCAGAAAUAUCAGUUAAACAAUCAAGAUUAUUACAAAUAAACAGUACUAGUGGUAAUAAAGGUGAUAAUAAGAUAAGUCAAAAUCAACAUUCAUUUUUAAAAUUUAAAUUUAAAGAAAUUGCAAUUAGAAAUUAUUUAAUCAAUUUAGCAGCUGCUGCUACAACUGCUUAUGAAUAUAAAGUUAAAUCAGAUCAAUUAAAACAACAGUUGAAGAACUCUGGGGAAUAUCAUCAUCCUGGAAAGAAAGUUAAAUUAUCAAAAGAAGAUAAGAAACAAUUAUGGGAACAAGUACGACUGGAUGUAUUUAAAAGAGCAGGUCUUGAAGAGUAA